GAGGGCGUGAGAUUUGGAGCAGAAAGCUACUUUUGAAAACAACCUUGCUGCGAUUCUUGGCGACUUGUCAGCGCUCUCCUUCCUUCCCUUGGUCUCCGGGGUCGCGCUCCGAGUUGGGCCGGGGUCGCGCUCCGAGUUGGGCCGGCGUCGCGCUCCGAGUUGGGCCGGGGUCGCGCUCCGAGUUGGGCCGGGGUCGCGCUCCGAGUUGGGCCGGGGUCGCGCUCCGAGUUGGGCCGGGGAAGGGCAGAGCGGCGCGCGGUUCGGGCGGGGCAGCCUGCGCGCUAGGCGGCGUGGGGGUCAGGGUGAUCCGGGCCUGCAGCGGGAUGAGAGCAAGCCCGAGCGGCCCCUGGGACUGAGCGCUUGAGCAGUGGCCAGCGGGAAGGGAUCACGGAGCGGCCUCCUCGCCAUGUGGGCGGCCCGAGGGCUCUCCAGGGCCCUGCGCGCCUGCUGCACCUCGGCCCCUUGCCCCAAGCCCGCACGGCUCCCCAGAGUGAGCGUCCGGGAUGCCCUGGUGAGCCAGGAGCCAGGGGAGAAUGUGAAAGUGCAGGGAUGGGUUCGUUCAGUUCGAUCUCAGAAGGAAGUUUUGUUCCUCCAUAUAAAUGAUGGAUCAUCUUUGGAACAUUUACAGAUUGUAGCAGACCCAACCUUACAUGGAAGUAAUCUGACUUUUGGGUGCUCUGUGGAAGUUCAAGGGGUAUUGGUAAAAAGUCCUUACAAAAAGCAAAACGUGGAACUGAAGGCGGACAGAAUUGAAGUCAUUGGACAUUGUGAUUCUAAGACAUUCCCUUUUAAAUAUAAGGAGAGAUAUCCUCUAGAAUAUACUCGACAAUAUCCUCACUUUCGAUGUAGAACCAAUGCCCUGGGCUCUAUAUUGAGGGUCCGUAGUGAAGCUACAGAUGCUAUACACUCUUUCUUCAAGGCUAAUGGCUACAUACAUAUUCACACCCCUGUGAUCACAUCAAAUGACUGUGAAGGUGCAGGAGAACUCUUUCAAGUUGAACCAUCAAGCAACAUGAAAAAACUGGGGAAGAAUUUUUUUGAUGUUCCUGCCUUCUUGACUGUUUCAGCACAACUUCAUCUUGAAGUGAUGUCAGGAGCUUUCACUCACGUGUUUACCUUUGGCCCAACAUUCCGAGCUGAGAAUUCUCAGAGCCGCAGGCAUCUGGCAGAGUUUUAUAUGGUGGAAGCAGAAAUAUCUUUUGUUGAGAACCUUCAGGACAUUAUGCAGGUUAUGGAGACACUCUUCAAGACUACAACAGAAACUGUUCUCUCAAAUUGCUCAGAGGAUGUUGAGCUUUUGCAUAAAUUUGUAGCUCCUGGUCAAAAGGACAAGCUUGAACAAAUGCUGAAAAAUAAGUUUUUAAUAAUUUCCUAUACAGAAGCCAUAGACAUCUUAAAGAAGGGAUCCCAGAAUUUCACCUUCACCCCCAAGUGGGGUCUUGAUCUGCAAACUGAACAUGAAAAAUACCUUGUGAAGUACUGUGGCAAUAUUCCAGUAUUUGUUAUUAACUAUCCUUUUGAUCUCAAGCCUUUCUACAUGCGAGAUAAUGAAGACGAACCUCAGCAUACGGUUGCUGCUGUCGAUCUUUUAGUGCCUGGAGUUGGAGAACUCUUUGGAGGAAGCCUGAGAGAGGAACGGUUCCAUUUACUGCAACAACGGUUAGCAAGACUAGGACUGACAGAUGCCUACGAGUGGUAUUUGGAUCUUCGUCGAUUUGGUUCUGUGCCACAUGGAGGCUUCGGGAUGGGAUUUGAACGGUAUCUACAAUGCAUCUUGGGAGUUGACAACAUCAAAGAUGUUAUCCCUUUUCCAAGGUUUCCUCAUUCAUGUCUUUUAUAGCAAAAUUUCAAAAUAAAGUUUUAUAUAUAAAACUCA